CGUACACAUCGAAAGGGGAGUAACCGCCGUAAUUAUACUUGAUACUUAAGUGGCAAGGGUUACGGGAAGUUAUGAAUGAAUUCUCAAGCACUCUGUUUCUGCGCAAGGAGCUUUAACAUUGAAAACAUUCUUUAUUGACUUGUUUCUUUACUAGUAUACAUUCUGUGGACACUAAAAUGAGAUACAGUUUAGAUUCAGUCCUAGUUCUCUUAUUCGGAUUAUUAGGGUUAGCUUAUGCCAGUGAAUUCUGCCAUCGAGGAUUUCAAAUCGCUGCCAAGUAUCAUGAAUGCUGGGAGUCUGCUACGUACGCCAACAGAUUUACAGAACUCUAUGAAAAGCAUGAGAGAUACACCCCAGAGUUUCUCCAGGCGUAUGCCACUCAUAUGUGUAGCGUGGUGAAACCCAAAGCCCUAGAAUGUCUGAGAAAACAGGUGGCUGAGUGCAGCAACGCACAGAAGUUAAUCAGUAUGGCAGAUGAAAGUGGUGGUGCUUGUGAGAAAAAUGGAUUGAAUCCCGCGUUCAAGCACCAUAUCAUCGAUCACCUUAAGACAGUGAAAGGGGAUUCCCCUUGUUUCACCAUAGCCGAUGACUCGUACAAGUGCUACGUCAAGGCUGGGGAACAGAUCAUGAAGAGCGGGGUAGACACGGUGGACAUUAGCAAGUUUUAUAAAGUGGCUGAUAAAUUUUUCGACAUUAUCUGGGAUUGCCUUAUUACAAUCUUCCGGUCCAAUUCGGACAUUUGUGAACAGUGGCAGCUUCCAAUGUUGUUAGCUUUACAGAAGACUGCCAUGCCCUCUUUAUUUGGAAUGAGACUAAACAACAAUCAAAUAGCCAAACUGGAGUUGGAAGAUGCCCGCAACAUCCCAGAACAAACCACGACCACGUCACCAGACGAGAAUGAAUGUGGACAGAAGAACGACAAGUACUUCAUCCUACUAAAGGCCUUGAUUCAAAAACCCCAGCCUGAGCCUGGAGAUCUGGUACUACAAGUGAACACAGGAGCCGGAGACAAUGGUCAACCUUUGAUCUCCAUAGUGAACACUGCACAAGACAAUCAGGAUGUUUACAACUUCGUCGACAUUAUUUCUGACAAAAAAGAGAAAAAGAAGAAAGAAAAGGAAAUUAAAACUUUCAUCCAAAGAAUUGGCAACGCCCAGAAAAAAGCGAAACAAGAGAAGAAAGGCCAGCAACCCAAACAAAAUAAGAAAGGAACGACAACCCCAGUCUCUGGUCCAGCAACAACAGUGUCUUAAAGUUAUUAUUUAAGCUCUAUAUAAUUUCAUUUAUUCCAUUUUUUUUCUUUAAAAUGAUUGAAAUGAUUCCUGUAACAAUGUUUUGUGGCAUCCAACCAUUGGGGGACACAGGCAAUAGCUUGUGUAGCCCAGCACUGAGGGCAGGUGAUAAUGAUUUAACCAUUUAAAGCAUUUUACUUUGAUUGACUAAUUGUCUGAAUUCGUUCAACAUUUAAACACAUCCUGUUAUUGUUCCUCCUGUCACACUAGACAUCACAAGGUUGGUCUGUGGCAUCAACAGAACCAUUCAAGUCUAUAGAUAUACUAAAUGUUCACUUUGUGAACAACUAACGCACAGCUUUAUAAAAUGUAACAUCUUCAAACCGAGUUGACCCUAUUCCCUUCAACAAUUGAUACACCACAUCGUCAAGCCAGUACAUUAUAUUGCACAAUUUGUUUAGUUUCUGCUUUGCUAGAUUUCAUACUUUUGAGGAAGUAAAGUAUAGAUUCAUAUUCGUAUUAUGAGACAUGUACAGAAACAAUUUCUACAAUAAUAAACUUUUUGUGUU